UGUGAUUGGCUGAUGUAUUUAUCCCUCCGCUGCGUGGCUGAAGGUGAAGUGUGUCCAAGUGUGUGAGUCACAGUCGGUUUCUCAGUCCAAAAUGUCAUCCAGUGGACUUUUAACCAUGCACGCUCGAAUCUGCAAACGUCUGGCUCACAAGUACCUGUCAAGAACCUACACAUCUCGCCCCUCUCUCAAUGAAGUCGUCAUUGUCAGCGCAGUCCGCACUCCAAUGGGCUCCUUCAAAGGCUCCCUGGCAGCAGUACCAGCCACCAAACUGGGCUCCAUUGCCAUCAAAGGAGCCAUAGACAAAGCAGGAAUCACUCCUGAAGAAGUGAAGGAGGUCUAUAUGGGCAAUGUGCUUCAGGCAGGAGAAGGACAGGCCCCCACAAGACAAGCCUUGCUUGGUGCAGGCUUGACCCUCGGCACUCCAGCAACAACCAUCAACAAAGUCUGUGCCUCUGGGAUGAAGUCCAUCAUGAUGGCAGCCCAGAGUCUAAUGUGUGGACACCAGGAUGUGAUGGUGGCAGGAGGCAUGGAGAGCAUGUCCAACGUACCUUAUGUGAUGGCCAGAGAGACUCCAGCCUACGGAGGAGUGAGGAUGGAAGACCUCAUCGUGAAGGAUGGACUCACUGAUGUCUACAAUAAAUUCCACAUGGGAAAUUGUGCAGAGAACACAGCCAAAAACUGCAAAAUCACCAGGGAGGAACAGGAUGCCUACGCCAUCGGCUCAUACAGCCGCAGCAAAGCAGCAUGUGAAUCUGGAGUGUUGGCCAAGGAGAUUGUACCAGUCAGCAUUCCCCAGAGAGGCAAACCUGAUGUGGUUGUGAGUGAGGACGAGGAGUGGAGGAGGGUUGACUUCAGCAAAGUCCCUAAACUGAAGGCAGUGUUCCAGAAAGAGAAUGGCACAGUGACGGCAGCCAAUGCCAGUACGCUGAACGAUGGAGCUGCUGCUCUCGUUUUAAUGACAGCAGAUGCUGCAAAGAGACUGAACGUCACUCCACUGGCAAGGGUUGUCUCUUUUGCUGAUGCUGCAGUUGCCCCCAUUGAUUUCCCCAUUGCUCCUGCAUAUGCUGUACCAAAGGUGCUGGAUGCAGCAGGGUUGAAGAAGGAUGAUAUCACCAUGUGGGAGAUCAAUGAGGCCUUCAGUGUGGUCGUCCUGGCCAAUAUCAAGAUGUUGGACAUUGACCCUGCAAAAGUCAAUGUCAAUGGAGGAGCUGUGUCCCUGGGACAUCCAAUUGGGAUGUCUGGAGCGAGAAUUGUGGGUCACAUGGUGCACAAUCUGAAGUCAGGUCAGUACGGACUGGCAGGCAUCUGCAACGGAGGUGGUGGAGCUUCAUCUAUUCUGAUCCAAAAGCUGUAGGAAACUUGAUGGGGAACUUUUCUCUCCCUGAUACUCAUUAAAAUGUGUGUUGACUUCUUUUUGGUUCCAAGAGUUCAAACACUGUAAGCUCCCUUUUACUGUGAAGAAUUCAUCUGUUACAACUUUAAUGCCAGUGGCCUUAAUCAAACAGCAAAGUAGGACUCGACUCACAUGACAUCAUGACUCCAAUGUUGAAAACACUCCUUUGUUUGACAAAACACCUUGUGCAAAAAAUGUAUUAAUAUUUAACUCUGUAUGAAAUGGUUGAAUAAAUACUGUAGUUUUUAUGAAA